AAAUGUACAGCCCCGUCUGUUAUCCAUUUUAAAUACUGGUCAUUUAAUGGAUCAGUCGAACUUCACGGUCAAGAGCUGAACGUGGCCGGGGAGCCAGAGGUUUAGAACCCCUGAUUUCAGCUUCUACAUUGUUAUAGCUUUUUUUCUCUUCAAGCCAGGACAAAACAAAUAGUUUCUGCAACAACCAUUUUGUGUUUCAUCAAAUUCUGCUUUCCUUCUAAUCCAAUACUUUAUCACGUGUCAGUUACACGGCGGUUCUGAUUCAAACAUACCUUCAUGGUCCUCGUCACAAUCACUCUCAAUAAACAGCAGUGGGUUUGCGUGUGCACAGACGCGCGCCUCCUCUUUCGCUUUCUCUCUCUCCCUCUCUCUCUCUCAUUCUCUCUCUCUCUCUCUCUCUUUCUUUCUCAUCAAUAUGCGCUCCUUCUUCUGAUUCUGAUUCUGGUGCUCGUGCACGUCGAGCCUCGGCAGUAGCAGCAGUCAGGAUGAUAAUGAUGAUGAGGAUGACAACCUUUAUUCUACACCUGACUCCAUCCACGGCCACGCGCUGACUUGCACGGACACACACCUCCACUCUCAUUCACUGCUGUUUAUGUUUUGGAGAUGGAUGGACUCAGUGUGUGGUGAAGCGCGUCAGGAGCCUAUGAGCAAUCCCCGCUGCUGCUGCUGCUGCUGCUGCUGCUGGACAACAAGAGGAGAACACACACUGAGGAAUUUAAAUUUUCAACAUUUAAGAACAAAUUUACGAUUUCAGACAGGGAAAAAAUGCUGUUUUCUGUGCGCAAGCUGACGCAGCUGCGCGUCCUCUCUGCGCUGCUCGUCGCGUCAAUCGUCUGCUGCGCUAAAAGCGUGAACGAGCCUGGAAACAUGUCGAUUGUCAAAGAGACGGUGGACAAACUGCUGAAAGGCUAUGACAUCAGACUCAGGCCAGACUUUGGAGGUCCUCCUGUUGCCGUGGGCAUGAGCAUAGACGUGGCCAGCAUCGACAUGGUGUCAGAAGUCAACAUGGACUACACCCUGACUAUGUACUUCCAGCAGUACUGGAGGGACAAACGUCUGGCCUACGUGGGCAUCCCUUUGAACCUGACAUUGGACAACAGGGUCGCAGACCAGCUCUGGGUCCCCGACACCUACUUCCUCAAUGACAAGAAGUCCUUUGUCCACGGUGUCACAGUGAAAAACCGAAUGAUCCGUCUUCAUCCAGAUGGAACUGUUCUCUACGGACUUAGGAUAACGACCACGGCAGCGUGUAUGAUGGAUCUCAGGAGGUAUCCUCUGGAUGAGCAGAACUGCACUCUGGAGAUAGAAAGCUAUGGCUACACCACAGACGACAUAGAGUUCUACUGGAAAGGUGGAGAGUCAGCAGUGACAGGAGUGACUCGUAUCGAGCUUCCUCAGUUCUCCAUCGUUGACUACAAGCUGGUCUCCAAGAACGUCGUCUUCUCCACAGGUGCCUACCCUCGACUCUCGCUCAGCUUCAAGCUGAAAAGAAACAUCGGCUACUUCAUUCUUCAGACGUACAUGCCAUCCAUCCUGAUUACAAUCCUCUCCUGGGUGUCCUUCUGGAUAAACUAUGACGCUUCAGCAGCCAGAGUGGCUUUAGGAAUCACGACUGUGCUGACAAUGACCACCAUCAACACUCACCUGCGGGAGACUCUUCCAAAGAUUCCGUACGUGAAGGCCAUCGACAUGUACCUGAUGGGCUGCUUCGUCAUGGUCUUCCUGGCUCUGCUGGAGUACGCCUUCGUCAACUACAUCUUCUUCGGCCGUGGUCCACAGAUGCAGAAGAAGCUAGCAGAGAAGGCUGAGAAGGCCAACAACGAGAGGGCCGCCAAGUAUGAUGCUGCCAGGGAGGCAGGUAGUCGCACCGCGUCACUAAAACGCUCCAAUCAGAUUAAAGGUCUUCGACACUCGCGCUCGGCAGAGCCGCACGGCCACGGCAACAUUCUCCUCACCACACUGGAGAUCCAUAAUGAAGUGGCAGGUGGAGAGAUCACCACCAGUGUGGCAGACAUUAGAAACUCUCAGUCCAUGGUACAGCUGGACAGCACCGCUUCUGCCUCAAUCCAGUACCGCAAGCAGAGUGGUGGCGUGGGGCCACGUUCGGCCAGCCGCCACUCGCUGGACCGAGCCAAGCGCAGCAGCCGCCUGAGGAGGCGCUCUUCACAACUGAAAAUCAAAAUCCCCGACCUGACAGACGUAAACGCCAUCGACCGCUGGUCACGCAUCAUCUUCCCGGCCGUCUUCUCCCUCUUCAACCUGGUCUACUGGCUCUACUACGUCUGAUCGGAACGCUUUCUUUCUGCUGUUUUUCUCCUUAAUUGUUUGGAUUCUUAAUUUUUUUCCUUCUUUUUUAUACAGGAUGCAGGAGUUUUUGUGGACGUUUACAGACUGAAACAGCAACUAAAGACAAAGACAGAGACGAGGUUUGGGACCAAAUUCUUAUCCAGUUUUUUUCUGCAUAAAGUCAGAAUCUGUAUUUUACUGGAGAGUUUCACGUUUCAGGACCACAUGGGAUUGUUUUAGAAUUCAGAGAUGAACCGCAGAAACUUUAGGAUCUUGAGGCUUUUUUUCAGGUUCUGAGAGAAAAGUAGGAAAAAUCAUCACAAAAAGUGAGAAUUUAUUUAAAUAAAGUGUACUCCCUAAACCCUAAAGAGAACUCUGACUUUAAUAUUAAUUAUUACAAUUAGGUCAAAAAAGUCUUAAUCUAUAUUUGGUGUAUUUAUGCUUUUUUUUUUUUUGUUGCUUUUUUUAGACUUUUAUGGAAAAGAAAAUCUAAAUUCUAAGAAUAAUUUCAUGGCUAAUCUCUGAGAGGUAAUUGAUUCUAUUGAUGUUAGUGUAAAAUGUAAUCUCAGAGUAACUCUGUAGAAUUAAUCUCAGAAAUAAAAACAUUCCGAGUUCUCUCAGAAGAUCAAUCUUUAGAAUUCUAACUCGAAGAAAUCGUCAAGUCAAAGGUGUGAGGUAAAAUUCUGACUUUUGUCUCAGGAUAGAGUGAACUCUGGAUAUUGUAAAUAAUUUUAGAUUUUAUUUAGAGUUGUCUUAUAUUUGUCUACACUAAAAAAAAAAUUCAUUCUCAUAUUCUCUAGCAUCAACAGUUCUGAUGUUUUCUCUCAGAAUUCUGAAAAAAGUAGAACCAGAAUUCCUUGGUGAUGUUUACUGUUUUCUGAGGUUUCUACUGUGAACCCAGAUGUGAGACUUGUUUCCCAUCAUUCUCUUGUUUGUGUGUAAAUACAGAGAAACAAACCAGCAGCUGAUUAACAAUGAUAACAACAAUAUGUUUGCAAAAAAA